AUAAGAGCACUUGAUCGUCGUCAACGUUGAGAGCGUUAUAAACACUUCAGAUCUUGUUGGUAUCACAUCUAUACUAUCCACAAUGAAGGUUGUCAGUGUACUGUUAUUAUGUGCGUUAGGUAGCUAUGUUGCUGCUGAGGACAGUAACGUAGAUCUAGCCAACAGACUGCAAGCACUCGAGAACGAACGUGUCCAGCUGGAGGCGGAGAUCCAACUCUACAGAGAAAAGGCCAAGCAUCUACUGGAUAUCUUCCGGGACGUUCUACACGAAGAUGAGGCUCCUUCGUCCUCUUCGGAUCAACCAAUCACAAAAAGACAGUUAGCUUGUAACACCGCGGCGUCCCAGAUCGCCUUCCACGCAAGACUUGCUUCCCAGAAGGUAUUCAGCUCCAUAAACGAGGAUAUUGCAUACGAUGUGGUCCACACCAAUAUAGGGAAUGGCUACAACAGCUCCACCGGUAUCUUCACAGCCCCUCGUCAGGGCAACUACCAGCUGAUGGCCAGCGCCAUGUCCACCGACGGCAACUCGACUGACAUCGAGAUGGUCCGGUCCUCACACUAUCCCUUUACCAUUUGCAACACCCAUGCCGGUACUUCACACUCGUCCAUGGGACUCUGCGUCGCAUUCGUCACCUUAGAAGAAAACGAGAACGUGCGCGUGCGGCAUUAUCUUCACACAAACCAGACACUGGCAGGUGGAAAAUACGCAUCCUUUUCUGGACACCUGAUAUAAUAACUGAUUAAAUUAAAUUAUGAUUAUGUAAUUUUACAAUUGAGUAAAGAUUAUUGAUUGUUUCA